GAAAAAGGAGCUAGUCGCCAUUUUGCUUUAGCGCCGCAAGUUAUCAGGGCAGAAUGAUAACCACGUUCGAAUGAAUAUAUUUGAGACAUACGAGUGUUUUAACAAUUAAUUUUUUUGCAAAUAUCGCAGGUAGUGAGGUGUAAGAGUGUGUAGGUGGAACGCCGUGCUAUUUGUUGGAGUAUUUCCGACUGUAGAACUAGCUAACUGGGAACCGUCCGACUUGAGGUGAUCAUGGGUCGUUCGAGGAGUCGCAGUUCGUCCCGUUCCAAACACUCCAAAAGCAGCAAGCACAGCAAAAAACGGAGCCGGUCGCGUUCGAGGGACAAGGAGAGGGCCAAGAAACGAUCCAAGUCCCGUGAAGCGAAGAGAAACCGGCGCAGAGAGUCGCGUUCUCGUUCCCGGUCAGCCACAGCCUCGACCCGUAGGGAAAGGGAGAGAGCGGUCACACCGCCGGAGAGAAUUGACAUAUUCGGCAGGACACUGAGCAAGAGAAGCGCCCUGGACGAAAAACAGAGAAAGGAGGAGGAGGAGAAGAAGGCCGAAAUGGAAAGACAGAGAAAGAUCAACCCUCCCCUCUUUCUCUCGCCACCCCUGCCGUGCAGCCGUCAGGUGGAGAUAGAGGAGAAGCUGAUCGAGGAGGAGACGGCGCGUCGCGUGGAGGAGCUGGUGGCCAAGCGGGUGGAGGAGGAGCUGGAGAAGCGCAGGGACGAGAUAGAGAGGGAGGUUCUGCGGCGCGUGGAGGAGGCCAAGCGCAUCAUGGAACGUCAGCUGUUGGAGGAGCUGGAGAGACAGAGGCAGACAGAGCUGCAGGCCCAGAAGGCCAGAGAGGAGGAAGAAAGAUCCAAACGGGACGAGCUGGAGAAAAUCCUGGAGGAGAAUAACCGCAAGAUCGCUGACGCUCAGGCCAAGCUGGCUGAGGAGCAGUUGCGUAUCGUAGAGGAGCAGAGAAAGAUUCACGAGGAGAGGAUGAAGCUGGACCAGGAUCGCCAGCGGCAACAGAAGGAGGAACAGAAAAUGAUCCUGGGCAAGGGAAAGUCCCGGCCCAAGCUCUCCUUCUCCCUCAAGGCCACCGAAUGAACCUCUCCUCUCCUCCUCCUCCUCUCUGGAACGCUAUCUGUGUGUUAGUGUGGAAGGCUGAAGGAAGGGUAGCCCACACCAGCGCUGUCCUGUCUUAACACACACCGCCCUGCUCUACAGAUCUUUCCCAACCAAGCCAAACACCCGUCUAGUCGCUUGACCGCUCCACCCCCCACCCAAUGACUAUUGUUUGUGCUUUUUUUUUUUGUGGUUUUAUUUGAAUUUUUAAGGGUUUGAUCUGUCAUGUACAAAGCUGUCACUACUUGGUCCUCCUCUUUCUUUGGUCCACGAGCGGUUGAAUGCCCUCUGUUUCUUUUUUUUCUUUUUUUACAGUAAGCAAACUAGGAUAACUCAUAACAUUGAUAAGUGUGUCCAGUUGAAGCUUAUUAAAACAGUGUGUGGUUUAGGAAUUGGCCUAGGUUUUCCUGUGCCGUGGGUCUAAUGUAGAAAGCUGAUGCUGCAGCCAGGGCUAACCUAAACUCAGUAAAGCACGAUCACCUCUGCUCUAGCUGACAGGUUAGUCUUCAACCUCCUUACACCUCACAUCCGCUCAGAUUUUUUUUUGCCUCACGUUUCUCCUCGGUAGAGUAGCGGCAAAUAGAAAAACCAAACGUCAACGAAGACCCACUGCUGCACAGGGGAACCCAGGCCAAUUCCCAAUCUGCCCAAAGAGCGGGUCUGGGUGGCGUUGCAGGGUUGGAACAGGAUACGAGUCUCAUCCGUGGUCAGGACAGGGGAGUGGUGGGGCAGGAGACGAGAGACAUUUCCUGUAUGAUGUAAUAUUAAGAGUCUCCGUCAUGUGGUGUCAUACUCCUGUGCGAUUAAUAUGUGAAAUGAAUCCAAACAACAAGGGAUUUAUAAUCUUGCAUCAUUUACUGAACUCUUACUGUGCAAUCUGAGUGAAUUGUGCUCCGAAGUAGACAGUCCCAGACCUCUGUUCCUUUAGUUUUGGUGUAGUGUAUUAACCUCCCCCUGUUAGGGUCCCCUUCAACUCACUAUUGGUUCCUAAAGGAUGUCCAAGUCCAGGUAAGAUUGACUAGCUACAUGUUUAGGUCUGACCAGGAUAGCGUGUGCGUGUGUGUGCGUGUGUGUGUGUGUGAGAGAGAGAGAGAGACUGACUAACAUUAUGUCUGACUGGCUGACCUCUGGUAGGGGUAAGGGACUUCUUGAGUAAGUGAAAUUUGUCUUGUGGUAAUUUCCCCGACUUGUUAAUGGGGACUGAACAGUUUACCAAUAAAUCCAUUGAAUGCAUACAACUGUC